AUGACUACGAAACCCGUCCCACUGCACGAGCUGGGGAAAGAUGGCCCCAGCAUUCCGCCAAUGGGCUUCGGGCUGAUGACGAUUGCUGGCGCUCAUGGCGAUCGCCCCAGCGACGAAGAGCAAUUUACCAUCCUGAACCGGGCCCUUGAGCUGGGAGACACAUUCUGGGAUACUGCUGACAUUUACGGAGACAAUCUAGAAGUCUUGGCCAAGUGGUUCCAGCGCACUGGGAAGCGAGACAACAUCUUCCUUGCAUCAAAAUUUGGAAUCAUCAUGGGGGAGAAUCUCCAGUUGAAGGGAAUUAACAGCUCCGCUGAGUACUGCAAGAAGGCCUGCGAAGAGAGUCUCAAGCGGCUUGGCAUCGCUUGCAUUGACCUAUUCUAUGUCCACCAUAUCAACUCGGAAACGCCUAUCGAGGAAACGAUGCGAGCAAUGGCGGAUCUGAAAGCAGAAGGAAAAAUCAAACAUAUUGGCUUGUGUGGGCUAAGCUCGAGUACCCUCCGUCGUGCUUGCAAAAUCGUACCCGUCGCUGCGGUGCAAAUUGAGUACUCGGCUUUCGUGCUUGAUAUCGAAGCGGAACGCGGCACCAACCUUCUUCAGACUUGCCGAGAGCUUGGGGUUGCUGUCGUCUGCUUCGGGCCCAUUGGUCGAGGCCUGCUCACAGGAACAGUGACGGACGGAGAGUCAGUUUCUGGGACAGGCGAUAUCCGCACCAAGUGGGUUCCUCGCUUCCAAGGAGACAACCUAAAGAAGAAUCUCAAGGUCGUCAAUCAGUUCAAGGCUCUAGCGGAUAAGAAGGGAUGUACUUCGUCCCAGCUGGCUCUUGCAUGGGUUCUCAAGCAGGGAGAUGACAUCUUUCCAAUUCCAGGAACCAAGAAGAUUAAAUAUUUAGAGGCCAAUUGGGCAGCGCUUGAUGUACAUCUCAGUGACGCGGAAGAGGCCGAGGUUCGAAAGAUGGUUGCGGGCUCGGAGCUAGCCGGCUUUGAAACCCAUCCCUCUACGUAUGUAGAUACAAAGGAAUUAGCUUGA